UGAAGUCUCCAACCGCUAUUCCAAUUUCCAUCACAACCCUGAACCCCUUCCGCCGCACCACCAUGCGCCCGCCACGGCUCCGCGCCGCCGCCGCCUCCUCGCGGCUCCCACGGCUCGGCCUAUGCACCACCGCCGCCUCCGCCUCCGCCACCACCUCCUCCGCGGCACUAUCCUCUCCCGCCCCGCCGCUGCAGCGCGCCGCUGAGCCCCUAUCCGCCCACUUCGUCAGAACCCCCGCCGCCCGCGGCCCGGGCGUCGCCGACGACCUCGCCUCCUCCCUCCGCGCGCUCCUCGCCUCCUCGCCCACCCACCCGCGCGCCUUCCCACUGCUCCGGUCCGCCGCGCUGGCGAAGCGCCUCCCGCCGGAGGCGCUCGUCGACGCCGUCCUCUCCGCCGCCGACGCCGGCUCGCCGGCCGCGACCGCGCUCCUCAGCAGCCUCCUCGCCUGCCUCUCCCGCGCUGCCCGUGACUUCUCGGCAGCCGCGGCCGCGUACGCCCGCAUGGUCGCCCGGGGCGUCGUCCCGGACGCCAAGUCCCGUACCGAUUUGCUCGUCGUCACGGCGCGGGGCGCGUCGGCCGCGGACGCGCUCGCGCUGUUCGACGAGAUGCGAGGCAAGGGGUACCACGCGGACGUGAUGAUGUACGAUGCCGUCAUGCGGGCCUGCUUCAAGGGAGGGAUGCACGGGGACGCCGUCAGACUGUUCGAUGAAAUGGCCAGGGCCGGGGUCAAGCCCGACGAGCGCGUGUAUUCCCUCACAAUCGCGGCCUCGUGCAAGCUGCGCGAUGCAGACAGAGCGGUCCAGGUGCUGGGGGAGAUGAGGGAGGCCGGCUUCAGGCCAUGGGACUUGACGUACAGUUCUGUGGUGGAUGUGCUCGUGAAGGCAGGAAGGAUGGAGGAGGCGCUGCAGGUGAAGGAUCAGAUGCUGCUGGUUGCUGGAAAGAAGAUGGAUGUGGUUCUCGCGACGACAUUGAUGCAUGGGUAUUGCUUGCUUGGUGAAGUUGGGAAAGCGCUGGAUUUAUUUGACGAGGCUGUCAGGGAUGGUGUGGCACUGACCAAUGUGACAUAUGGGGUUCUGAUCAAAGGUUGUGAUGCAGAGGGGAUGACAGAUAAGGCAUAUGAGCUAUGCCAUCAGAUGAUAGAGCAGGGAUUGCUGUCAAGCACGCAUGGGUUCAAUUUGGUGAUAAAAGGUCUAUUAAGAGACAAGCGGUGGGAGGAUGCCAUUGGCUUGCUUGAGGUUGUGGCUGAUACUGGGGUGCCGGAUGUCUUCACAUACAAUUGUCUAAUUCAUUGGCUUUGCCAGCGUCACAAACUCCGCGAGGCACUCAACUUAUGGGAUAAGAUGAAGGAAGCUGGAGUAAAACCAUCUAUUGUGACAUAUCACAGCUUGCUGCUGGGUUACUGUGAGAAGGGGUGCAUGGAUGAAGCACUCAAGUUAUACUCUGAGAUGCCUGGGAAAGGAUUCACACCUAAUGAGGUCACUUACACAACUCUGAUGAAGGGUUACAUCAAGAAGAAUGCUUUUGACAAGGCCUAUUCCCUCCUCGAUGAAAUGCAUCAGAAUGGAGUUUCUUGCAAUGACUUUACAUAUAACAUUCUCAUAAAUGGACUUUGCAUGGCUGAUCGUGUUUGUGAAGUUGAUGAAAUGUUGAAGAGAUUUAUAAGUGAAGGUUUUGUACCAAGCACAAUGACAUACAAUAGUAUCAUCAAUGGAUUCGUGAAAGCUGGUAUGAUGGGCUCAGCAUUUGCUAUGUAUCAGCAGAUGUGUGAGAAAGGUAUAACUCCCAACAUAAUAACAUAUACCAGUUUUAUUGAUGGUUAUUGUAGGACCGGCUGCUGUGAUCUGGCAGUGAAGCUGCUCAAUGACAUGAGGCACAAAGGCAUUCGACCUGACAUUGCUGCAUACAAUGCUUUCAUAAAUGGGUUUUGCAAACAGGGUAAUAUGUCACAUGCACUCCAGUUUUUUGUUCUUCUGUUGAAAGAUGGUUUAAAACCAGAUGUUACUGUCUACAAUUGUUUUAUUACGGGGUACAAGGAUUUGAAAAUGAUGGAAGAAGCUUCCAAGUUCUAUUAUAGCAUGAUCAAAGAAGAAAUUGUCGCUGAUACAGCAACCUAUACAACCUUAAUUGAUGGGUUCUCAAAAGCUGGCAAUAUAGCCUUUGCUUUGGACCUGUACUCAGAGAUGUUGGCCAUGGGCAAUUUUCCUGAUGAUAAAACUUUCACAGCAUUGACACACGGCCUCUGCCGAAAUGGAGACAUUGAUGGUGCUAAGAAGUUAUUGGAUGAGAUGAGAAGAUUAGAUGUACGUCCAAAUAUUUUUAUUUAUAACAUGCUGAUAAAUGCAUGUAUCCGUAAUGGUAAGCUGCAAGAGGCAUUCCAAUUGCACGAUGAAAUGCUCAACAGCGGACUUGUGCCUGAUGAUACUACAGAUGAUUUAUUAGUUAGCUUGAAACCUGUGGAAGCAAGUCGUGCAGAUUCAGGAAAUCCUAUUUUAAAUUCUGCCAGUUAAGUAUGAAGAAUCUUAACUUGAGGAUUGAACAGAUAGAAAUUUCCAUUGUAUGAAAUUGUUGAGAUGGGAAACUUGCACUGUAAAUAAAAUGAACUUUUGACAAUGUCAGAUGGAAGCAAAGGUCGAACUGAUAUUAUGGGUAACAUGCGCAUGUUCUAAAUUCAAACACUUAGUUAUGAUUUUUUUUGUCAGAUCUUACCUGAAUGGUCAGUGUUCCCUAUCAAAUAGUUUGAAAUAUAUGGGCAUUGAGUUGGACCUUGGUGACGAGAUUCUGGAGGUUAUUAGUCCAAACUAGACAAUGAAAUAUAUGGAGCUUGUUCAAUGGAUGGACCCAAAUUUUCAAUUAAAGCUCCAAAAACUGGCAUAACAUCUCUAUAUGUCAGUAUUAGGCAACACUCUGGACAAGUUUGGGUCUGGUCGUAAAGGUGGAGGUGUACAAACGAUUGCAAAUACAUCCUGAGUAUAUUUACCUCACUUGAGGCGCUACUUUUGUAGUAAUCAUUAAUAUCUUGUUGUCUCCUAAAAAUUUAUGCCAGCUAUAUAUACACCCCUGCUAGCAGCCUAGCAUGCUGUUGCUAGAUCAUUAUCAUUUUAGUUAUACUUUUGUGGAGAGAAUUAUGGGUCCUGAGUUUUAUCUUCCUCAGCUUUCCAUUAAAGGUGGCCCAAAAACUGGAGUUUACAUUGAGUACUUAAACCUGAACAUGAAAAUUGUAAAAGUUCAAAAUGCUACUUACAAGCGGUCUGCAAAGGCUGUGGGGAACUCUACUGUACGUGCUGCUAUUUUGGCAAAUGGAGGUACCUUAGUCUGUCAAGCUUUUGGAAGAGUCGAAGUGGAUAUCCCAGUGGCUAUGAUACUGAAUACUCAAAAUGAUCAUCUUUGCUUUGGUUGUAGCAUGCCAAUCGAUCCUUCUCUGCCUAAGGUGUACUUGAUCCCUGUUUGCUAUAUGCUUAUCUGCACAUGUUUGCCAUUUUUUUUAACUUGACAAUGCUUUGGGGAUAUCUAUUUUCCUUCUAUGAAACUUGCCAAAGUAACAGUUGGAUGAUAGCAGAUGAGAAGGUCAGCAUUCAUAAUACUCCACUACUUUACUUACAUAUAAAGUUAAUAUGUACUAAAAAGGUUAGGUUGUUAUAUUCCAAACAGCUAGAUAUUGGUAGUACAGAUUACAGACUUGGCCAAGGGCUAUAUUUAGAAGGAAAAAAAAUAUCUGUGGUUUUCCAAUGGCAGUAGCAAUUCUUUUAUCAAUAACAUGAUUGGAAGGUAUGGCAUGGAGCACAAAUAUUGAAUUUCCAGUGAAUUGCUUUUGUGUAGAGGACAAUUGACUCUUGACUGCCCUUACUUUUUACUGAAGUAGCGCUUUUAGUUGGUGCCCUAUCUUUAGUUUAGUUCAGGUGUGCUCUCAUAGACUUUAGCUAGAGAUCAUUGAAGAAGCUUCCCUACCUCCAUCACUUCCUCUUUGUUCAAACACAUAAUGAAACGUCAUUUAGUAAACCUGAUAGUAAUAAGUGCCUCCUAAUAUGUUAUUUCAUUCUUGUGACAGGUCUGCUGGGAAAACAAAAGUUUCGAUUCAGUUACUUGUGGCUUCUUGCUACCUGGCACAACUUAUAACUUUAUUAGGAAGUAUCGAUGUUGUGAAAUAGUAAUGCUCUGGUUUCUGCUGGUGGUGGCACUGGCUCCAUGAUAAGACCUUGGAGUGAGUUGAUGAUUACACCACAUUGAUCAUGGAGGGACUUGAUCUUAACAACAUUGAAUGCAUUGAGGUUCAUGGAAACAAUUUUGGUCUGUGGAAUGGGAUGCAUCGUGAGAGUUCAGGGUAAGGUGCCUUUCUGAGUAAAGUGCUUCUAUGUCCAGGGUUUAGGCUCCGGUGCAAGCAGAAACUUGAAGAAGUAAUAUCUGAAGAUCAAGAGAACAUGUUACAGGACAGCAUAGUUAUCUAGCUUCUAUGUUUGAAUGUGCUUCUUCAUUAUUCUUAAUUACUGGUGGCAGGAUAAUAAGCGAUACACAUCAGGUUUAGUGGGGUUUGUUCUAAAAUCAUUUCUGGACAGCAGCUUUUCUCCUAUCCAUCAACUGACUGAUCACACUGCCCAGCGAGGAUAGAGUUAAGUAGUUAGCAUUAAAAAUUGUAAGUCCUUUCUUUACAUGAUGCCAAAUUAACGUCCUGGGCUGUCCCGGAAAACAAUAAGGGAGCCAGAACCUGUUGGUACUUGUAUAAAUAUUUUGUCAUCCGUAACUUCAUGUAUUGCAAUAUAAAUAUUUGGUUGCACUAUAGUUUUUAAUAUUCGUAUUUGUUUU